ACGUCACAUAGUUCCGUAAAGUCUUCGCUGCAUUUUCAUCGCAAUUUUGGAAAGUUGGUUUUCAUUUUGAUUGCGGUGUAGAAUAAAUCGGUUUUUAAGAGAUUUUAGCUGAGAUUUUAUAUUUAAUAACACAAAAUGUUCAAAUCAUUGUUUUCUGUUGUAAUCUUACUGGCAUUGUCAAAUAUCUGCCUUUCUGAUGAUGAGACCAGCGCUCGUUUACUAAUUUCCAAACAAAUUCUUAACAAGUAUUUAGUGGAGAAGAGUGAUCUGCUUGUGCGAUACACAAUUUAUAACGUUGGAAAUGGUGCCGCUACCAAUGUGAAAUUGGUCGACAAUGGUUUCCCCUCAGAAGCCUUCGAUGUAGUUGGAGGUCAACCAACUGCAACCAUUGAACGUAUCGCUCCACAAGCCAACUAUACCCAUGUAUUAGUGGUGCGUCCUAAAGCAUAUGGAUAUUUCAAUUUCACAGCCGCUGAAAUUUCGUACAAACCUGUCGAGGAAGCCGAAGAGUUGCAAUUGGCUGUAAGCUCCGAGCCUGGUCAAGGUGGAAUUAUAAAUCUGGCUGAAUUCAACAAACGCUUCUCAUCACACUUCUUUGAUUGGGUUGCAUUCGCUAUAAUGACUUUGCCUUCGUUAGCAAUUCCAUUGGCACUGUGGCACUCGUCUAAGAGCAAGUAUGAACGCUACGGCAAAAACAAAAAACACUAAAUGUAAAUUAUAAUAGCCUUUUAAGCAAUAUCGCUAAAACAUCAAAAUGAUCAUUCAAACGAUUCAAUAAUUAAUAUCGCCCAAUAUACAUAUUAACGAAAGUGCGUAAUGUGAGCGUUGCAAGUUUUAUUCUUUUGUCUUGUGCGAAAGGAUUUUCCUUGACGCUUACUGACGCCAAGUUCAAACAAAAACUCAAUGUUAAAAUCGUUUUAGAUUUAUGUGAAAACCAUAAAAGUCGAAGAGUUCUGGACGAAAAAACUUAAUACGUCGAAUGUCCAAACACGUUUUCUAAUAAAAAAAAAAAUAUAAAACUGUA